AUGUCAACCGUGAUACCAAAGAUAUUGUCACUACUCAUUACGGUUGACUAUUUCACCAACACAGAAGUAAAACACAUUUUCCAGUGUUUCAAUAAUCUUUCGAAGCAAGUGUGGGAAUCACAAAAUUUCGCUUGUAGUAAAACAUUCCCAAACAUUCCGCUCAGUUUUCUACAUUUGCUCGGUGAUCUAUCGAUAACUAGAGUUGAUUACCAAGUUGACAAUGAGUUUCAUUUCCAUGUUACUCUCUAUACGCAACUGUUGAAUUUCGGAAAUUUGGUUAUAACAAGAGAAAUGAUUAAUCCUGUUAUUGAUUGA